AUGACGAUGAAAGCAGAAGAUAUCCUACACGUUCUUCGAGAUGGCAUAGCUAUACUUCAUGGUGGACGAUGUCGAGCCGGUCAAGCAGUCGUAGUGUGUCCUCCUAGAGAACAACUCGUCAAUCAAGAUCAUCUACGCAAUGUGCUUCUUUAUCUGUUCGAAGUUACAUCAAAAGAAGCCCGAGAGAAAGGAUUCCUUGUAGUAAUUGAUAUGCGUGGAAAACAGACAUGGGCCAACGUUCGAAAUAUUCUGAAGGCACUCAGCAGUAUUGACAAUUCAACAAAAAUACAAGUGUUCAUCAUUAAACCUGAAAAGUUUUGGGAGAAACAGAAAGCGCAGAUGUCCUUAGGAACAUGGGAUUUUGAAGUUGAAAUGAUCUCGUUCGAAUCUCUUAUCAAAAUAAUUGAUUCAUCCCAACUACCUAAAUCAAUAUCUGGAGGAAACUAUCCAUAUGAUCAUGACGAAUGGCUUGAAAUUAGGAUGGAUCUUGAAAAAUGGAUAUGGAACAUCACUGAGAUUAUGGAAACAUUAGAAGCCGUGAGAAGAGAUAUGUGCCAAGGAGAACAUCCAAUUGAUGUGAAAACUGCUGAAGCGGCAUUGAAAAAAAGUCAGUUAGCUAAGAACAAUAUUUUCAAUAUUCCAGUCGACAAUAUUGAAGCGGAAGGAAACAAAAUUGUCAAUCGAAUAUUGCAACCGCCUAAAGGUGUCAAAAACCCAGAUCUCCAAGCCACUACGCCCUAUAUCUCAAAUCUUACGGACUCUCUUAGAUUACUCAAAGGCGAAGUUCACAAAAGUUGGGACACCCGGCAAGCUGAACUGGUUAAAGUGUAUUAUCAAAAACGUUUCGAGGAGGAUGUCGAGAAAAUGGUUGAAGCCCUACGACCCUACAAGAAACAAUGUGAACGAAGCAUGGGAGAUGUUGGCGGAUGUGUUAGCGACGUAAACGCUCUUGCGGAAGAUUUUGAAAAGUUUCAAGUUGCUGUCAAGGCGAUGGAAGUGUCUGUCAAACGCGUUUUUGAUCAAGCAAAUGAACUGCGGACAAGUGGGGCUCGAAAUCAAAUCACUGACCAUGUAACAGAACGACUAACGAAUGAAUGGCGUCUCGUAAAAGAAUUGAUGGAACGAAGAGCGACUAUUCUGCACAAUGCUCGAAAAUUUUUCUCAUCAGCACAAUGCUAUUUCGCUGAGAUACCCGCUUGGACAGCACAGCCGGGAAUCAAUCCGAAUGAUGUGAUGUUCUCUCAAGAAUCUUUGGAAAUCGCCAUCAGAACACAUGACGGAUUCUGGGCGCAGGUAGAGGAGGUCUAUGCGCAGGCAUAUGAGGAUGCAUUGAAUCUGAUGAAAUCACUCAAAGAAUCCGAAACAGAAGACAAUGUUGCCAAAGAGCAUUCAAGUCGGCUACAAAGAGCUCAUAAACAGCUAGGCGAAAAAUGGAAAGAAAGGCAGGCAAGUUGUCUUGUACUUCUUCACCACAUGCUUGCCAUGAUAGCAUUCGAGACGGACGUUAAAUUAGUAGUCGAUUGGCUUCAGCUUCAUGGAGAGCCAUAUUUACGACGAAAUAUUCAUAUAGGGGAAAAUGUGAAUCAAGCUAGAACUUUUCAACGGAAUCAUUCAAAUUUUCAACGGGUAGCAGCUAACACUUACGGAAAUGUACAAAAACUAAGACGAGUAUAUCAAGAUGUUUCUAACUCAGGAAGUCAAGUAUGCGAUGUUAACAAGAUGCAAGAACUUAUGACCGAUCUCACAGCUAAAAUUGAAAAAUUCACUACUAUUGAACAGUCGAGAGAGCAUUUACUCCGACAAUCUGUUCUCUUUCACACUCAUUAUACGGAACUGACGGAUUGGUAUACGAAAAUGCGAGAAAAGUACAACGAGAAACGGAUAGAGCUGACCGUUCCAGUUUGUGACAAAAACAAAGAACGAUUCGUUCUGGAAACCGAUGAAACUGCACAGGCAUAUGCAAUGACAAUUGACGAAGGGAAAAUGUUGAUCGAAAUGAUGCAUAAUGCUACAAGGAUAUUUGAUGUUGACUAUACUGUUAGUAUUGCACACAUUCAAACACUCAUUUCUGAUAUCGAAAAUAAGAAUACGCAGAUUUCGUCAGAAUGGGGACCUCGCCGGACACUACUCCACAUCGCUUCCAAAUUUGCGAUGUUCGAACAGAAUAAAUAUGAAGUCCUGGAGCAGAUAAAAGGAUGGGAAGAAGAUAUGAGAGAAAUGGUGGAGUCACCUUCAUUUCACGACAAAGCUGAUAACGUCAUGCCUUAUCACAUCGAGAAUCAAGAAAAGGUUCGAGAAGCAAUAUCAUCGAUUCAAAAAGCAGCAAUGGAAUUGUCUCAAGUACUCUACAGUCACAAGCUCACAGAUCUCAGAGAUAAAAGAGAUCGGAUAGUACUGGAAGCAAUACGAGAUCACAUUCGAGAGCUAGAAAUAGAUGAGUCUAGAGUGAUGGCAUAUGCUAAUGAAACAUCAUCACGGAUAAAUGCAGUUCGGGAAGUUGUCGAGUUACGAAAAGUUUCUUUAGGAGUUUGUCGACUGAUAGAAACCCAACUGCAAGCUCUCACAAAGCUAGGAGUGAUUCCACAUGAUUACAAUGACACAGUUCAAAAGCAAGAAGAACUGCGUGCUUUCCGAGAUGCUGUUACUAUCAGACUCAGGGAUCCGUAUGAUGCUUUCGUCGUUCGAUUUCGUGAACUGAUGGAGAAUCGUCUGGCGAAUCGAGAUGAAGUUGUUCAUCACAAUGAAAUGAUACAGACAAAAUAUCGACGGUUAAUGGCACUUUGUGAAGAAAGGAAUAAGCUUUUAAAAUCAGCCCAUGGUUGCUAUAAAACGUAUGAAACAGCAGUUCUUCCGAUUCUCAACCAACUGGAAUCUGAAUACCACUCUCCAACUGUAACGGAUUGGUGUGCUGGAUGUCCAUCAACGGUACACUCAGACCGAGCUUCUUACGUGGCAGAUUUGCUCAGUAAACACAUGGAUUACAAGGAACGAUUCGGUAAAGGAUGUACGUAUGCAUUGAGAAACGGAGAUUUUCUUCUACGGUACAUCAAAAGAGCCAACAUGAAGUCAAACAUUCGAGAGAGGCAGUCGAAUAUACUGGAACUUUGGUUACAGAAAAAAUCACUUCUUGAAGGAUGCCAAAACUUCAUUGCCAUCGAAGCCACUGCUAAAGAUCUUCUAAAAUUCAUGACUGGUGAAGGAAAUGAGAAGUUGAAACAGUUUGAGAAACGAGGACGUGGCGAGUUGAACGAUGAAGAUGACGAAUUCGCCAAAUUCAAAUUAGAAGUGAAGCAAAAGAAAACGGAGAUUCAGACGUUCUUGCUUUGCUCAGACGAAUCGAUGGUUCGAGGCGUUCAUGGAGAUCAGGUUGAACGAUGUAUCGAACAAGUGAAAGAGAAAUUCAAUCAAUUUUCUCGACGAGUCGGCGAUUGUGAAGUCGUUCUGCGUGGCGAAAAUGGCGGAUCAAGUUCAUCGAAAGACGAAUUCUCACUGGAUCGACACUCCGACACAGCCAUAUUCAAUGAAAAAGCAAUCAGCGAGCAGCGGGCUGAAAAUCGAAAAGUUCUUGAACCAAUGCGGGAACUCAUUCAGUCUGAGAAGGAUUAUAUUAAAGAUUUGGAGAAAUGUAUCAGCAUAUAUGUCGCCGAGUUUGAUCAGGCUACGAAGAAUGGUUCAAUUCCGACAUUACAGAAGUAUGAUAUAUUUGGUAAUAUCGAAAAAAUAUAUCAAUUUCAUCAUGAUAAACUUCUCCCGGAACUUGUGAAAUACGAGAACCAGCCUGAAGCAGUUGGUGCUUCGUUCACCGUCUGGAUUGAUUUGCUCAAUGAGCUCUACAUCGAGUAUUGCGUUAAUAAGGAACAGAAGAACAACGUGCUUGCUACUCCAGAAGCAAAAGCGUUUUUCACAGAAAUCCGGGAGAAACACGGACUGGAAAUCGAUAACGAAAUUACAAGUCACCUUAUAAAGCCUGUUCAGAGGAUCACUCGAUACCAGUUAUUGAUAUCCCAACUGUUGAGAAGCUGUAACGAUAAAGCCGACGAUCUCAAGGAUGCGUACGAUGUGGUGUGUAGUGUUCCGAGAAAAGCCAACGAUAUAAUUCACUUCAACUGCCUGGAGUUGAAAAACUGCAAUGUUGAUGAGUUGGGCCCGUUCGUAACCCAAGAUGUGCUCACUGUCUGGGAACCGAGAGCGUACUUUAAAGGACGAGGAAAAGAACGUCAGGUGUUCUUGUUUGAUCUUUCCAUCGUCUUCGCCAAAAGGAUUGAAACGUCACCAAAAAACUUCAAAUAUGUUAUCAAAGGCAAGCCGCUUCCACUCAGCGAUGUUUCCAUUGUUGAACAUGUCGAAGGCGAUUCGUGUCGAUUUGGACUGCGCGUUGGAUCUAACCAUUCCAAUGACAACCGUACCGAUUUAAAGGCUUCAACUGAGAGUACCAAAGUUAAGUGGGUUCUGAAGAUUCGCGAACUGACGACUGGAUUAUUGCCACUUGGUACAUUGGGUCUUGGAGUUUCGCCAGCAAUAUCAGCUACAACUCUAUCAACCGCCAGAAGUGUCUCACAUCGUUCUGGCGCUUCAACAUCGUCUGGAGGAGAUAAUCGACAAUCGCAAGACGUCGACUCACUGCUUCAUCAUCGUUAUAGUGUUCACAGUUGUGAUAGUGAGCAGUCCUCGGAAGUAUGGAUUGUGACGGCCGACUUCGAUGGGCAAACUGAAGGUCACUUAACAGUUCACAAGGGAGACCGAGUUGAAAUUGUCGAAGAUCAAGCCACAGAUUGCGCUGAAUAUAUUCAAGUUGUUCUGUGUGAUCAACCAACAAAGCAUGGUCUUGUUCCUGCUUCCAUCAUUGUUCCACGUUAG